CAUUAAGCAAUAAUUAGCAUCUGCAUGCUCAAUAGAGACACGAUCCAACGGAAACGGAGUUUUGCUUACAUGCUCAAAAUACACGUGACAGUCACACGUUAAAUCGCAAAAACAAGAUGAGAGCUAUAUUAAUAUUCGACCAUCUAAAUGAUGUGUUGUUUGUAAAAUGCAAUAAAAAAUUUGCCAGCCACAUUCUAAAGUUGGCGAGGCUGCAGGGACUGCUUAGUGACGAUAAGGAUGCCACGGACUUGGAAAAUUCUGUACCAAGUCCCAAUAUCAUAAUGCAGUUGUUUUCACCCAUAGUUACCUCGCAACAUGUGAUGGCUUCACAGUUCAGAAACUCCUAUACUUCCAUGAAGUUCCAAGAUGGAACUAAUAUGGUGUUUGAUGAGUACAUUGGCUAUACUUUUAUGUAUAUUGCUGCAAAAGAGGUAGAGCUUAUGAGACGUACACUGGGAGUUUGCGUAUCCAUUGUACGACAUGUUUGUGGUCCAGACAUUGCAAUAUUGAAGACUAACUGGCAGAAGAUGUGUCUAGUGUCUUCGCUACUAGAUGCGUGGUCUAAUCUAAGAAACAGUGAACAGAGCAUGUUGACAGAGGCAGUGGAGCAAUUGUCCGUGAACGCGGAAGUGGCAUCUUCGGUUCUUAAAGUGCUGCAUGAUGCCUGUGACAAACUGAAGAAUUCACAGCCUGAAUUCAGCAACCUGCACUUGCUGCUCCUAGUGGGCUCCAAGUUUCUGUCACUGUACUCCAGCAAGAAUGCUCAUGAUUUAUGCGCUUCGGACAUUCUGUUGAUGAUCCUGCUGUGCUGGGUGGUGAAUAAAAAGCGAAAACACGAUCAAUCAGAAAGCAGUGAUGAUUGCUAUGAUAGUGACAUCUUGUUACCAGAGAACAAUGCUUCGAGAAGUGAUGAAACAAAAUUGAACUUUGGAGCUAAGCUGGCCACUCCUACUUCAGAAGAUAUUACGGAUCUCUUUAGAGGUUCCAGGGAAUCUUCUGUAAACGAAGGUCUCUCAUCCUUAAGCGAUGAUGACCUCUACAGCCAAUCACUCCUUCUUGGCUGCCAGCAUAACUACACGGCUAAUGCAGUUCACAUCUUUGAGUUAUCAGAUUCCAUUAAUUUGAUAACAAUCGUUGAAGCUACGAAUCUUUCCAUUUCCUCAGGAUUAUGCGAUAGUUUUCAUUAUUUAAAUCUAAUAAAUCUGCAGUUUCAACGGGAUAUCGAUGAAUUAAAAGCACCCUUCGAGAAUCUCGAUAUGGCAAUUAAAAAGGUGUUGGAGGGAAUUAAAAAGAAUCGUUUUAAUGUCGGAAACGAUGUGGAUAUGUGUCAAAAAAGGUUGCAAACAAAAUGGGACUUUGUCCGAAAAAAGUACAGCGAUCUUUUGCGUUUGAGAGAGACCGAAGUGGUCCUGCAGAUUGAAGCCAAUACUUCUGGCUUCAUAGAAACUCUGAAAGAAUUAUUGCGUUUGACCUGUUUUGACAGAAACUUUCUGAAACAAGGAGUUGAUGUUCUAACAACAGUUGGCAAACUAGUCAGGCAAAAGUUAAAUGAUUUCAGUGAUUUUCUGAAAGUCAAAGCCCUAAAAAACUUCACGCUAGGAUCAAGAACUUCCCUAACUAUCAACAAGUAUCUUGAGGAGUUUCCAGGUCUAGUGCACUUCAUCUACAUCGAUAGAAGUACUCACAGACUUGUGGCGCCCACACUGGACUUCACGAGUACAGAAACGCUCGCUCUCACGAUGAAAAAAAUUUGGAACAUGGUCAAGCAAAGCAGAAUGCAUUUACAAGAAGGUCAUCUAUCAGUUAUGUGGAAGGAUACAACAUUCAACUAUUCCUACUUUUUGUGGUUUGAGGACAAUUCGGGAUGUUCACCACCAAAAUGCAAAGUCUAUCUUAAUUACGUCAUGAAAAAUUUCCCAGUACCGGGCAUUCUUUGUGGAGACUAUUACAGAAAAUUGACCGAAACAUGCUUCCCAAAACUCUCACCAAAUAAAGUACGAAUCUAUGAAUUAUACUGCGUACACUUGGGGCUGACUACGUCGACCUGCGUUUUGGAACAUUCCCGCAGACUGGCAGCUACCAUCUGGGAGGUCACCGGGGUGCCGAACAAUCUUGCUGAUAUAUUCUAAAGUUACAUUCUCUCAAAAAUUUACAAUUUUAAUUUGAUUCUCUAAAUUUCUUAAUGUCAUUGUUGGACUUCUAUAUACAUCCUCAAUUUUAAAUUUUCUAAGAGUAUCUUUUAAGAUAUUCGAAUUUCUGUGAUAUUUAGAGAUACCUAAACUCUCUUACACGUUUCCACAAUUUUUGGAUUUCUUCACUUUUUGAUAUUUUUUUUCUCUUUGGCUGUAAAUUAUAAACUUUUUUUAAAUUCCCAAAAAAUGAAAUAGAAAUCCAUAAUUGUAAUUGUAACAUUUUCAUAUUAAUAUAAAAUGUCAUAUCGAUAAUAGAUUAACAACGUAAACUUUUAUUUAUUUAAAAUUUUAUAUUUGUUUUUAUCACAACGCUAGAUACAUCCUGUUUGCAGUUUAAAAAUGAAUUAGGAUAUUAUUAAUUAUAUAAUUAUUAUCAAUUGUUUAUUUAUACAACACAAAAUGAAAUAACAAUCAUUUUGCGCUCUUUAUUUACAAAAUAUCUUUAAUAAUUAGUGCAUAUUAACUACAAGCUUACAGAUUUUGUAAUACAACAUGUUCAACUCUUCAUACAAAUAUUUAAUGGCACAAUAAACAUUAUAAAACGAA